AAGAAGUAGAAAAGUUUAAACAACAAUUAUAACCUAUAAUUUUGUUUUUACGUUUAAAGUAAUAUGGAAUACGCCCAUUAGACAACUAUUUUUAAUGAUUUUAUAAUGGAAAAGAGUAAUAUUUCGGAUAUAAAUUCUCAACACGACUUAUAUCUACAAGAAAUUGAAGGAAUAGAUGAUUACUGGGGUCCUACUUUUAGGGCAAUUUUUGACAAUGACGAACAUGUAGAAUUUAAAAAGAAAUUAGAGGAUAGAAUAAAACAUCAUGACAAAGAUAUCGAAAGGCUUUGCAAUGUUUACUAUCAAGGUUUCAUUGAAUCCGUUAGAGAAUUAUUGGAGGUCAGGUCGCAGUCCAAUAAAUUGAAUAACCAAGUGGUUAAUUUGGAUAAACAAGUCCAUGUCUCAGCAGAAGGUAUUUGCAAAUCGGCCUCGGAUUUGCUACAAGCGAGAAAGGUACAAAGUAACAUUGCAGUCGUUAUUGCUCAGUUGAAUCUAUGCUUGCCCGUAUUUACUACAUACUCAAAGCUACAAAAGCAAAUAUCUGAAAAACGCUAUUAUCCGGCUCUCAAAACGCUUGAAGAACUGGAACAUUUGCAUUUGCCACAUGUUGCGAACUACCGAUUUUCUCAUCAGCUGCAGCAAAAUAUUCCAAAGUAUCGUGAAAAAAUUGAGGCGGCCUCCAUGUCGGAUCUGAAAGAUUUUCUUGAGAAUAUUAGGAAGUUUUCGCCGAAGAUUGGAGAGGUUGCCAUGAGACAUACUAGUGAGCAGUUAGCUAGUGAUCCAACCGUCAUCGGUAGAAAAAAGAAAAGGGUUGCACCACAACCACCAGGCCAUUUCUCUGAAGAAGAUUUAAGCGCUCAAGAAUUAAUCGACUUCUCUCCGAUUUAUAGAGGACUUCACAUAGCGCACGUUCUUGGUAGAUCUUCUACUUUCGAAACUUAUUACAGAGCUGAGAGGACAAAACAAGCCAGAUUAGUGUUGCAACCACCUACGAAUAUGCACGAGUCAGAAGAAAGCUACCAAUUAUAUAUCUACGCAGUCCUAGGAUUCUUCAUUUUGGAAGAUCACGUUCUUAACACUGGAAGGGGAUUAAUAACAAAAGCCUUUCUCGAAGACAUGUGGUCUAUGGCACUGACGAAAAUUGUAACUGCUCUACAAACUCACUCAGCGUACUGCACGGACGCGACCUUAAUCUUAAGAAUAAAAGAUUUGAUAAUGCUGUUCUGUACGACGUUGAGGAACUACGGUUAUUCCGUGAAACCCCUAUGGGAGUUGGUGAGGGAGCUGCGGGAUCAUUACACUGAAGUUUUGAUGCAAAGGUGGGUGCAAGUCUUCAGGGAGAUUCUAUCGAAGGAAGAUUUUCAGCCCAUAAAGGUACACGAUCAAGAAGAAUUCGAUCAUAUCCUGUCGUCUUUUCCUUGGGACGCAGAUUUACCCGACGAUGUUACGUUCCCGCACAGUUUUCCAUUUUCUAGCAUGGUUCCGAAAGUUUAUCAACAAGUGAAGGAAUUUAUAUACGCCUGUUUGAAGUUUUCCGAAGAUUUAAAUUUGAGUCAAGUGGAAGUCGACGAAAUGAUUAGAAAAUCGAUGAAUCUACUUCUCACCAGAACUUUCAGCGGCUGCCUAUCGUCCACAUUUAGAAGUCCACACGUUAACUUACAGGAAAUAAUACAAAUCAUCGUGGACACUGGUUACUUAGAGGAGGCCAACGUGUAUUUGGAUCAAUUUAUUUCGAAUAUCACCGGGGAAGAGUCUAGGGUGGUAACGACCGGUGUGGUGCAAAGCCAACCGGCCAUGUUCCGGGUCGCCAGAGAGGACGCCGUCAGACAGAUAUGCGAGAAACUGAAGCAGAAGAUAGACGAGUUUUUGGAGUUGGAAAAUUAUGACUGGUUGCUCGUCGAACCCAAAGGACACGCUUCCAGUUAUAUUUCGGACCUCAUCGCGUUUUUACAGACGACGUUUCAAAGCUUCACGAACAUACCGCCAGAGGCGGCUCAGAUAGCUUGUAAGUCGGCUUGCGAGCACAUCGCCAACUCCUUGUUUGCCAUGUUGAUGAACGACGAGAUCAAGCAGAUCUCCAUGGGAGCCUUGAACCAACUUAAUCUGGAUCUUCUUCAGUGUGAACUUUUCGCAGCCUCGGAACCCGUGAAGGGUUUGCAGGAGGACGCGCUUCUUUCUUAUUUCGGGAAGUUGAGGGAAAUAUUGGACCUGUUAAUUUCCUGGGACUGGCCCACGUACUUUCACGAUUACGCCCAAGAAACCAGUAAAUACAAGAAGGUCAAUCCGGAGAUAGCCAUUGUGCUGUUAGAAAAGUUGAAAGAAGGUGAUAAGAAGACUAUGUUUACUGUCCUGAAGAAGAGCGAAAGAGACAAAAAGAAGUUAUUGGAAACCGUACUAAAACAAUUAAGGCAAUUGUCCCAAAUACCUCCAGGAAAAUAAUACCUCGUAAAAAGAUUAUUUAUCAGAAUUUAUUUAUUUUAUACAAGUAUUGUUUAUUUUUAUUACAGUAGGAUGUAUUAUAUAUGUAAUUAUGAUUAUUUCAGUAGUAUUUUUUUUUAAUUUCGACGUGUUUAAAAAAUAAAUUCUUUACACGAUCA